CUCUCUUUCUUUCUCUUUCGUCUUUCUUUCUUUCUCUCUCUCUCUUCGGAAGUCGGAACUGUGACCCACUAAACUCAAUUGUUCAAAAAAUAUGAAAUUUUUUUAUGAUUCAGAUCGGAUCCUGCGGCAACCCAAGUAGAUACAAUUGAGCCGAGGUUUUCGCUGUUUGGUUUCUGGGUUUCUGUUCUUUGUCGAGGAAAGGAAAGGAAGAUACGGGGUCAUUUUCCAUUGCAUGCAAGCCGCCUGUGUUCUGGUGAGUAUCAAUUAUUGCAUGGGAACCAAGAGAAUGGGAUCUCAAGGUGACAGUGGUAGUAGAGCCGUUAAUAAUACGAUACAAGACCCGAGAUCACAAGCCCUAACUCGACAAGGCUCAUCCUUGUAUAACCUCACUCUCGAUGAGGUUCAGAAUCAGUUGGGUGAUUUGGGAAAACCAUUUAGCAGCAUGAAUCUUGAUGAGCUCCUUAAGACUGUAUGGAAUGCUGAAGCCAAUCAAGCUGCUAAUAUCGGAGCAAUGGAUUACGCAGCUGCUUCCGCUGCUUCUGGAUCGUUAACACCCUCUUUGACACGGGACCUGAGUAAGAAAACUGUGGAUGAGGUGUGGCAGGAAAUACAACAAGAACAGAGGAAUACUGUCAGUCUCGACCGGUUAAAUGAAAGGCAACUCACUCUUGGCGAGAUUACAUUGGAAGAUUUCUUGGUUAAGGCAGGGGCUGUUGCAGAAGCUUGUUUGGGGAAAGGAAAUGCACUUCUUCCUAUUGGGAUUAAUGAGACAAUACAAAAUAUUCAACACCAACAACAACAAUGGAUGAGUUACCAAGUUCCUCCAAUUCAUCAACAACAGCAGCAGCAGCAGAGUAUGAUUGCGGUUUAUAUGCCUGGGCAGCCAUCGCAACAAACAGCUGCAAAUCCAAUGAUGGAUGCUUCUUACCCUGAAAGUCUAAUGGGAACAUUGUCGGAUACUCAGACGCCAGGAAGAAAAAGAGGUGCCUCGGGUGAUGUAGUUGUGGAGAGGACAGUUGAAAGGAGGCAGAAGAGGAUGAUCAAGAAUCGAGAAUCUGCAGCUCGUUCAAGAGCUAGGAAACAGGCUUACACUCAUGAACUGGAGAACAAGGUAUCAAGACUUGAGGAGGAAAAUGAAAAGCUCAAAAAGCUGAAGAAGUUGGAGAAUGUAUUGGCAUGUGUGCCGCUUCCAGAGCCCAAGUACCAGCUUCGCAGGACAAGCUCAGCCUGUUUCUGAUGCUACUCUUUAUCAUAAUGUGGAUUGAUGUUUUUUUUUUUCUUCCCCUGGAAUUAGUUUUUUUUUUUUUAUGUUUGUUUAACUUUAAUAAAAACAGCAAAAGAAAAAGGGAACAUAUGAUGGUUGUUGUGCAAUGAAUGACCCAUUCUGGGGCCUGGAGACUCAAUCUGCUUAAUGUAAUGUUUAAUGAAUGCACUACCGUUGUUGUUAUUUGGUA